AUGGCCCUGCUUGAUCUUCCAGUAGAUAUUGUUCAUGAAAUCUUCCUCUGCGCUGUCAUUGCGCGCGGUGUGACGAGAGCUCUGAGGUUGAAGCUCGUGUGUAAACAAUUCCGACGUUAUCUACAGGCUGCCCUUUUUGAAUCGCGACUACUUGACGGGUUCUUAGUUGAGGCAAGGAUUGGCAGCAGACUCUUUUUUAUGGAAGAUUGGUACAUCCGGAAGAGGCAUGGGGUGGAGAAGCUAUGGCAAGCGUAUCUUGUUUAUCGAGUAAAAAAUGAGGCCGACCCAAACAAAGGUAGCUUCGUUGCAAUACGGCAGCUCUCAGAGCAGUUUUGUGAACAAGCGAAAGCAGACUAA